AUGGCUACCACGGUAGAGAGGCUCAGUGGUGUUUAUACGGCCGAUUGGAUGACGCCCCCCGCCAGCGUCGUGGCGCACCAGGUCACUCUCGGAGAGCCAGACGACACCAUGUUUACCAAGAUGUUUGGCACCUUCGAUUUCUCCGCCGUACAUAGCCUCGAAGAAGCAAGCCAUUCAAAUUCGCACGAACCACUCCAGCAGUCCCGCCGACUUCGAACUCUAGAUCACUCAAAUUUUGGCGCUCCCCCUUCUGCCUUAGAGCACCACCAGCCUCAAGGGUCGACCCAGUUGGGUUUCGGAUUCUCUACUUCAGGGCCGUCACAUUUCCCACAGGGCUAUUUCAACGCCCCGCCAACCCCGGACGACGUGGCCGCCGCAGCUACCCUCGUGGGCGGCAGCGCCGGUCCCUACGGGAUGAGCCUGUUCCCCGACCAACAGGCUUUGGCUCUCGAGACAAUCACAUCCCCGACCGGCCAAGUCCGACCCGAGCAACUCCGAUCCACUCAACAAGCACUCCAACAUAGACGCUAUAACGAGCCUCUCGACACAGGGCUGUUCCGCCAGCACUCGAAAGAAAGCCAAACCUCCCCGUUUGAUGUGCGGUUCGGUUCAGAUCCAAAUUUUACCACAGCCAGCUUUGUACCCUCGUCAGAAAACGAAACCACCGAGGCCCUUUCGGAGGGCCAGCUUGCAUAUCUCAACUGCCUAGAACCGAACCACAGCGCCGGGCCCACCAGAGCUGCGAGUCCCACCGCGUGGGCGCCUCCCUCCCCGAGCACGGCCGCAGGGAAUUCGCUGCUCGUCCUAGGCCGGCACAGGACCAUACCUCACAUUCCACCGGCACCAGAGGAACCGCCAGCGCGGCGGCGAAGGACCAGCAAGACGGGAGCGCUCGGCAUGGCCGCCAGCCCCACAACACCCGAAACACCCCGACGGCGCUCAACCGCAACCACCAUACCCACCGGACUCAGCCACAGCGUCCCCGCCACGAUUCCCGAGCUCAGCGGCCCGGAAUCAACCACUUCGGCACCCAAACGCGGACGCAAGCCUGCGGGGGCCGCGCCCGGCAAGCGCGGGGCGCGCAAGAAGUCGCCGCGCACGGUGCUCACCGAGGAACAACGGCGGCUGAACCACGUCGACAGCGAGAAGAAGCGGCGCCAGCUCAUCAAGGGCGGCUACGGCCGCCUCGCCGCCCUCGUCCCCGAGCUCACCAUGAACGCCCUUAGCCGCUCCGACGGCCUGUGCCGCAUGGUCGACUGGAUCGAGAAGGCUCAGGAGGGGAACCGCGAGCUGGAACGCCUGCUGGCCUUGGCCACCCGUUCCGCUGCUGGGUAG